AUGUUCUCACAGUUUCUUCAUUCGUUGUCUUCGUCGAGUGUUGCAAGCUCGUUGGAUGGAGUCGGUUCUUCCUCACGCAACACGGAGCGAAGACAGCACGCACAUCACAAUGAAGAGGUCCGAAGUGAUGAUGAGACAACUCAGACCGGUCAUAGUAUUAUUAAUAGUAGUAACGAUAACCCACAGCAAUCAGUACCAUCUUCAUCAUCGGAGACAAGACAACAUCACCAUCAUCACCAAUUUCGUAAUUUACUGUUUGGUGGUGCCAUCAGAGGUGGACAUGGAUUAUUAAUUGAAGAUGAUGACUACGAUGACGAUGUUGAUGAUGACGAUCAGCCUCCUGUUGUAGCCUCCUCGUCUUCUUCCCAUCACCGACAACAUAGAGACAACAACAUUACCACCACAGCCACUACAACGGAAGCAACAACAGCCUCUGCUUCGUCCGAUAACAACAACCAUAUAACCAACACUUUGACUAACAACGCAGAAAACAUUUCAACCGCUGAUUCUCAUUCCAGAGAUGAUCUUUUUCAUUCCGCUGCAGCCAGGUUGGCCCUUGGCAACAGACUCUAUCGAUUACGUGCUCGUGCCAGAAGAAAUAGAAGUCGUAAUUUUAGUGAAAUUAAUGGUUUCCAUAUUGCUAACGGAAGCAAAACACCAUUUUGGAAGAGUGGGCUUGUAAAUUCAAUGUAUACUACUUAUUACUUAUUUUUACAGAUUGCUUUAAUUCUAUUCAAAUUAGAGUCACGUUUUAUGUUUAAUGCUCCUGCAUGGGUGUUUGGUUGGGUUUUGGUGAUUAUUCCAACCUAUGUCAUGGCUCUUAUAUUUUUGGUUUCUCUUGUUUUCUGGGGUGUAAAAGAUUUGAUCAAAUGGAGAAGACACUAUAGCCGUCAGUAUCGAAGAUUUGAACGAUAUGUUUCACAACUUGAUGAAGCUAGUAGAGGCUUGGCAACAUUUAGAAAUACUGACCCUCUUAGAUAUAGCUCAGUGAGAUCUAUUCAAAGAGAAAAACGAAAAGCCGUGGACAGAUUUGUUGGCUAUAGUGUCUUUGUUGGCAUCAUUGUUGGACUUGUAUGCACUAUUUUAAUAUGCAUCAAAUUAGACUAUAUCGAACAAUUUGCGUUACCAUUCAUUUCCAUUUUCAGCGUUAUUAUGGUCUAUGCAGUCUUACAAUGCCUCGCAGCCUAUAUCUAUUUGGGAAUUAUUCAUGGAGCGGCUAAACACAAACUACAAGUAUUAUUAGAGAUGCUUGGAUUUGUAUUAUGCAUUGUUUGCUUCCUGAUUUUACUUGGAGUAAGAUUGGACAAAUACGUAUACUACAUGCCAUAUGCAUUUUCUUUGAUUCCAUUAUUUUGUUUGAACACGGCUCUUUUACUCUACAAUAUUAUUAGUGCUGUUCGCUCAUUUUCUCUUGGUCCAAAUCCAAAUAAGAAUAAUAACAUCAAGGAAGACAGUUUUAUGACACUUUCUGGACUUUUAAUUACCAUGUACAAUGGUAUGGAAAGAAGGAGAAAGGAAGAAAUUGGAGAACCAUUGAAUGAUGAAUCAGAAUUAUCUCUCACAGAUGUUCAAAGAAAGCAACGUCUUAAAAAUAGAAUGGACGCAAUUUUCGCUGCCAUGUGUAGCAUUCCUGUCAACGUGUGUUUUGGAUUGAUUAGUUAUUAUGGAGAAACGAGUAUGAUGGAAUGGCAUAACUAUCUUGGAAUUUUCAUUCCUUUGUUAGUUCCACUAUUUUUCCUUUGUAUUUGGACAACAUUUAGACAGAAAAUUAUAGAAAGAUAUUAUAGAGCUCAAUCAUCGUCAACAGCAACAAAUGAAACAGAAAUGCAAGACAUAUCAGAGGAACCUACAAUGACUGUUCGUGACAUCCUCAACAAUUCAGAAGCCAUGAGAGCACUCAGAAGUGGAGCAUCCAAUACUCAAACAAACCUCUCACCUCUCAUGAUUUUAUAUCUUCAUUCUCUCAUUCGUGAACAACAAGAACAGGAAAACGCAGAUACAGAAAAUCAAGAUACGGGAAGAAAUGCUGCGCUCAUGCAAUUCCUUCAGGAGUUAAUGGAGGCAAGAUCAAGACCCGUGUCACAAGGCCUAACAAGAGAGUAUCUUGCCACACUUCCAACUCAUAUCUACAAACAUCAAGAAGGAGUUCAGAUCAACACAACCUGUCCAAUUUGCCUUUGUGAUUAUGAGGAUGGUGAUGAAUUGCGAACUCUACCAUGCUUCCACAUUUUCCAUAAAGAGUGCAUUGACAAUUGGUUGCUGCAAAAGAAGAUUUGUGCCAUUUGCAAGCAUGAAGUAGACUCCUACAAUGAACAAAGUUUCUACUACCAAGACCAAGAAGAUAAUGUUUAA